UGGAGGAACAGGCGGGUAGUUGAUUUUCACGAAGCUCCGGCCUAUUUAUCUAUAGCGUUUCAAGGAAUUAAGUGUUCAACUUCACCGUUAACAUUGUUGUUGUCUAUCUUUAUAUUUUAUCGAAUAACAGACCUGAUUAAAUGCUUCUAUGGUACAUUAGGAGGACAUAUUGAUUUACCCAUUCAGCCUCUUGCUCUUAUUGUGGAAGCAAAAUGACGACAGUUGUGUCACCUGAGGGUGCAUCGGAUGUGAUUAAUGCACGACGCACCGAGUCACUGGAUGCUCCAAGUAUUCUUAGUCUGGUAACACCAGCCACAGAGUCUCUGUUUGGAAGAGUCAACGUUGUCAAUUUAAUUGAGAAGGCAGUACUUGCUGUCACCCUAAGUAAUGAUAAAGAAGAAAUCCUGGGACAUGCCGCUUUCUUUGACUACCCAAGUUCUCCAGAGGUAGACCCAGCUGAGUGGGAGAGCUGGAUGGUCCAAAACUACAACACAGAGGACUCUACUGCUUUAAACACUCUCUUUAUGCACUAUUUUGUGGCAAAGAAGGAGUAUGCCCAUGGCUGUGCCAAAGAAAUCAUUCGCACAGUAUUUAAUGCUGUUCCUGAUCUUCAUUUCUGUUUCUUUAUGGCACCUGCUGGAGUCUACCCAGAUCCAUGCUUAUCAGAUAUCUUUAAGAUAGUCAACAAGGUGGUAGGAACCAAAGGAGCUGUAAACAGCAAUGUGUUUGGCUGUUUUAGACAUGAUCACGUCCCUGUUUUACACGUGAGACGAGCUAGGAUUGAAGACCAUGAUGAUCUGACCCCCAUCUUUAACCGUCAGAGUGACAUGCUGAGUCGUACUUACGGUGACUUCUUCCUGGGAGAGUUGAUUGACGCUCAAGAUGAGCACAUGCAUUGUUUGGUGGCAGAGGUUGAUGGGACAGCUAUUGGGUUCAUGAGUAUGAGUGAUGAUGUGAACGUCAACUUGCUAAAUGAAUGUUUUGAGCUGGCACCUUUCCAUGGACUGAGGAAGCCGCACCCAGAAGAUAUGGAUUCAGCAGAUAAAACCUUCACAGCUACACCACCCACACUGGAAAAUCAAGUGUCUCAGCCAAGUGAUAGACCAACAUGUGGAGAAUCUUCUAAAUCCGAAGGUUCUAAAGCUUCUGGAGUCAGCUGCCAGUCAGCUGAUGAGAGUAAAGAGAGAGAGAAGAAAGCUGAUGUGGCCCAGGAGGAACAAGUGCCACAGGAUGAGGCCACGGGCAAGCUGCCAGGACAUAAAAGCCCACAGGCGGAUGAGGAGGUGAAGGUUUCUCCCAAGCUGAGUGAUGCUAACAUGGGAGGGAGUGCUGCCUCUCUGAUCAGUGAGGGCAGUGAGGUGGGCUCGGAAAAAUCAGCUGGCUGUCACACCCCUCCUCCAUCCAAGAACUCCAGGCCAGGGAUUGAGUCUGGCAGCCCAAGGAUUCUCAGUGCAAACCCAGAGACGGCCAAAGCUCAGCUGCCAAAGAGAUUUGUACCUGUGUACAAGGGUGGCAAUAAUGCCUUCUGUGUCCAGCUGUUUUGUGUGGAUGAACGAUACGAAAUGAGAUCAGCGGAUUUCCUGGAGAAGGCUUUCUCUCUGUACCCUGAUAAAGAGUUCUGUGUUAUCACUGUCCCUCAUCUGGUACCAGUAUUUCCUCUCCUUCAGAGCUUUGUGAGAGUAACACCAAGAUGUCCUAGUACAUUGCCACAGGAGCUCUAUGUUUUCAACAGAUAUGGAUUGUUAAAGAAUUUCACAGUACGUAGAGCCUGCACUGCAGAUUAUGAAGGAGUUGAAAAACUUGUGAAGACUAUUGAUUUGCAUGAAAAUCUCCUGAAAGAUUUACAACAGUUUAACAGAGCAAGACGUGAUCAGGAUGGAACAGAAAUCCAGGCAUUUGUUGCUGAGUGUCAGAAACAGAUUGUUGGCAUAGCUAUCAUUAGAAGAGAGGAGGAUAUAGAGUACAUCCGCUCUCAUUACAACAUUGAGGACUUCAUCUACUAUAAUCACCACAAGAGGGAAGAACAUGGACAUCUCCACCACUAUGCUCUCAGUCCUAUAUUUCAGCAUCUGUCCAAGCAUUUCCUCAAGGAGGUGCUGCGUCGUGGCCACAAGACUUGUCUCUACUACCCACUCUACCCAGCCUAUUCCUCUAAAGAGACAGUGGAACAGCAUUCUCUGGUGUCCGCUCUCCACGAUAUGGUUCCUGUCCGCUCACGAAGGCAAAUCAUCUAUCCUUUGGAAGAAUUAGGAGAAAAUGCUCCAUCAAAGAGAGUGUUGGCAGAGAGAGAGUCUUACGCCCUCAACCACAUCAACAGAAAACUGGUUCUUGAACCAAAGGUGAUCAUUAAUGCUCGCAUUGUUGUUGUGGGAGCCUCAGAUGUUGGGAUUGCCUUUUUGGAGACUCUGGCGUAUUGCCCACAUCUACAGUUUAAUAACCUGGUGUUGAUUUCACCUCAUGGUCUACCAGGGGAGAUGGCUAAAGAUGAGCUCAGAGACAGCAUGCUAUCACAAAGCCACUGUUACAGUCAUGAUGAAUAUGCCAAGAUCAGCCUGAGAACCUGGGUAAAUGUGGUGUAUGGGAAGAUGACAGCUAUUGACAGGAAGAAGAAGCAUGUAAUAGUGAGCGGUAAUGCUGUCGUCCCCUACGAUCACCUGGUCCUCUGUCUGGGGCAGCAGUAUCAGGUACCUGCCCCCACCCAGGCUGACUUCUCUGUUAAGGUGACCAACAGUCACCUGCCCCACCCCCCAGACAGGCUCUACACUGGACCUGUCCCUAACAAUGUUUUCCUUGUCAACGAUGCAUAUGAUGCAGCAGUUGUACUACACUGGGUGGAAAACAACCUCAUGAAAACAGAAGGUAAAGCAGUGGUGUAUGGCCAUACUCUAGAUGCAUACUGCUGCGUUCAAGCCUUAAUCAAUCUAGGGCUACCUGGGAACAAAAUUACGCUGGUAAAACCCCCGCUAGUGUACGAGGUAACCUGUUUCAACAACCCAGAAAUAGAUGAGGCAGUGUUUGAGAGCCUGAAGUCCCUGGGUGUAGAGAUCCACUCUGGGUAUUACCUUUCCCAGUGGAACGAUGGGCAGGGUGGAGAGGAGCUCACUUCUGCUUCCUUCACCUCAGCCGAUGAGCCUCUGCGCCUUGAUUGUGGGGCUUUCUUUGCAUAUUACAAGAAGGGAGUGGAUGUUGAAGCUUUCAGAGCAAUCAAUGAUGCCUGUUUGGUAUUUGAUGGGAAGCUUGUCAUUGACACUGGUUUCCAUACCAAUGACCUUUCAAUUCGUGGAGCAGGCCCUCUGACUAAAUUCCAGCGCCGUUAUCAUGCCGAUCAAUGGACACAUGCUAAUUUCAAUUCCAAGGAAGUUGGUAUUGCUCUGGCGAGUGCUUUACUGCGGAUGUUUGACCCCACUGUUGAACCAGAGCCUGAACCCCCACAACAGCUGCUCAACCUCAUACCUAUAUAUAGGAGUCCCAAGAUAGAGGGCGGUCUCUUACCAGGUGGAUAUCAUUACCUACAUGUGGCCAAGCCAGGGCUGCACAUACCACUCAAGACCCACAUGUCUCAUCAAGAUUAUGGCCAUGAACUUAAGACUGGUAAGCCCGGAGAUGACCAAGGCUUCUUCCGUCUUCAUUUGAACCCGUUUAGGACAAUAGAGACAAUCACCUGCCUCUCCAAGAAGCCCCUGGCAGUUGAUAACCUUGUGUGCCUGUAUGGACUCCAUGAGCGAUACCUGAACAACUUGCAGUCUAGGUUUGAUGAGGGCCUGAUAAAAGACUUCUUCAGUUACUUUGCGGGUGCCUGGUGCCUGGCCAUCUACCAUGACCGAUUCCCUGACUUCAGAGAUGAGGUGCGGGAGUUGCUGAUCACCAGACCGCCCGAAGAUAUUGAGACAUUGGAAGAGAAAGUUCGUCAGCUGGUAGAUGAAGACAUCCCAACAAACUUAAAGCAGAGACAGGAGCUGCGAGAUUACUACAUUCAAUCAGGAUGUAAACGUGCAGUAGAAACAAGACUGCUGAGUUUCCUUAGUUACAACUAUUAUCACCUGCCUAUGUAUGCCAAGCCAGGCAUGGUCUGAUUAAAAAAACUCAGGCAUUACACACCCCUGAAAUGUUAUACAGUUGAUGCAUCACAGACAGCACAGAAACACUACACGCCACAAAUAUUACACACCACUGCAACAUACCAUAGACUGAGCACUCGGGACCUGUGACAUACCAUGGACUGAGCGCCAAGGACCUUUGACAUACCGUGGUUGAGUGCUCCGGACCCGUCACAUUCUAUAUCAUAUUCUACUGCUUGACCACUCAGGACCUGUCACAUUCUACAGACUGAGUGCUCAGGACACAUCAUAUUCUACAGCCUGAGUGCUCGGGACCCGUUACAUUCCACAGACUGAGUGUUUGGGACCUGUCACAUUCUACAUCCUGAGUGCUCAUGACCCGUCACAUUCUAUAGACUGUAUGCUCAGGACGGAUCACAUUCUACAGACUGAGUGCCUGGGACCCAUUACACUCCACAGACUGAGUGCUUGGGACCUGUUACAUUCCACAAACUGAGUGGCAAGGACUGGUAACUACCGCAGACUAUCCAGGACCUGUAAAAUGGCUAGGCUGUUAGAUAACUGCAAGAUUCAAUUAGCUUAAUAUUGCAGUUUUAUCUGUAGAAAACUUAUAAACUUUGUUGUUAGUAUUGUGACUGAUAAAUUACCUGAGAAGUAAUCAUAAUUCUCUAACCAAAUAAUUUUUUUUUUCUCAUGUACGUGUCCACAUUAGAA